GCGGGCGGGGCUGGGAGCCCACGUGCAGGAAGUAACAGGCCGAAGGUCCGCGGCGCGAAGGGGAGAGAAGAGCUGACUAGGAAGGUUUCUGGGUCUCCCCAGGGUCAGGGGAUUUCGCCCAGCCUCCGGCCAUGCGUCUCUCCGCCCUGCUGGCCUUGGCGUCCAAGGUCACUCUGCCCCCCCAUUACCGCUACGGGAUGAGCCGCCCAGGCACCCUGGCAGACAAGAGGAAGAACCCUCCGGGGACCAGGCGGCGCCCAGUGGCUGUGGAGCCCAUCUCUGAUGACGACUGGCAUCUGUUCUGUGGGGACAGGGUGGAAAUCCUGGAAGGCAAGGAUGCCGGGAAGCAAGGCAGAGUCGUUCAAGUCAUCCGGCAGCGGAACUGGGUGGUCGUGGAGGGACUGAACACCCAUUUCCGCUACAUUGGCCAGACCAAGGAUUACCGGGGAACCAUGGUCCCCAGCGAAGCACCCUUGCUCCACAACCAGGUCAAACUCGUGGACCCUGUGGACAGGAAACCCACUGAGGUGGAGUGGAGAUUCACUGAGGCAGGAGAGCGGGUCCGAGUCUCCACGAAAUCAGGAAGGAUUAUCCCCAAACCUGAAUUUCCCAGAGCUGACGGCAUCAUCCCUGAAACAUGGAUUGAUGGCCCCAAAGACACAUCAGUGGAAGAUGCUCUAGAAAGAACCUAUGUGCCCCGUCUGAAGACACUGGAGGAGGAGGUGAUGGAGGCGAUGGGGAUCCAGGAGACUCGGAGACACAGGAAAGUCUACUGGUAUUGAACCCGGGAGAGCAGGUCCUCCCCUCGCCGUAGCCUUGAAGGCUGGGGCCACCUCUUCAAACAUCAAUAAAGAUCCCUGAGUCCUGCCGUGGGA